UUCUCCGGCCCAGUCCAGAAAUCUGGGGAGUACAAAGUGCAAAGAGCCCAAAGGAAGCUCACAACCCAGAGCGGGCGCGUGCUGGGAACUUGGAAGGAGAUGGAAGAGUCGGAGAAAGAAGCGAUUAGAGAAGCUUCUGAAGAGGUCUCCCAUGAAUUCAAAUCCCUAAUCAACACUAAGGAUCUUGAUUCCCUCAAGCAAUUGCAGCUCCUCAUAUUGGGAAGGUUGCAGGACAGUAAUGCUGUCUUGUCACAUUUUAAUGAGUAUUCAGAGCAUUGCUAUGCUGAGGUUUCCAAUGAUUUCUCAAGAAAUACUCGUCUGUUGAAGUCUAUGAAAACAGAUCUUGAUUACAUAUUUCAGAAGCUGAGGAGCAUGAAGGCAAAAAUGUUGGCUACCUAUCCAGAUGCAUUUCCAGAUGAUUCAAAAAGUGAAAUACUUGACCAAAGACCUGACCUUGAAAUACCUUCGUAACACAUCCAAUAUGUCAAAAAUCGUGCUGUAUCUCAAAACACUAGUCAGUCUUAACAUUUUAGUAUUUGCUAUUUUACCUCCAAUGCACAUUUAUUGACCAAUUAAUACACAAAUAAGUCUUUAAAUUGAAAGGGAUAAAAAGAAA